AUGUCUAACGUCGAAUUUAUCGCGAAGAAGUCAGUGUAUGGUCAAUGUAUUCGAAAACAACAACACUUCAAAAAGAAAUCUCGUCGGCGAAAAGCAAUAUUAGGCCACACAGCUGAACAAUUUCGCCGAAGCAAUAUUAUGGAUUUCACCGAAGAGACAAAACUACUUUUCAUAAAGAAGCGAUAUUUUCCGUUACACAAAGAAAAAUACAUCGAUCCCACGAUCUUCUUGCCUGAUUAUUCAAUACUUGCAGAUAAGAAUUUUAAAAAGACAUUUUUGCUCGCAGCAAUCGGAUCAACUACAGUUUCUCAGUCGGAGGCAAAAAAAAUCAAUAACGAGAUUAAUAUGUGUAUAGCACAAAUACCGCGUACGCUCAAUCAGUUUCUCGAUCAAACCAUGGUAAUCAUUCGACAUCUGAUUUAUCAAGAUCAAAGUCAAUUACGUAUGGAACUUGAAGGCAGUAGAACCCUUUUAAAAUCUAACGCACACGAUCAUCAAUUAUUCCAAGCAUUUUACAACUUAAAACCGAGAAAAACAGAAAUACAUUCAGCAAAGCUCAUCUGGAAGGCUACUCACGACGAAUAUCAAUUUCGCUAUGCACUAGAGCUAUUAAAAAAUUGGCUAUCAUCAUCUCAAUCUUCCUCGUUCACAAUGGAUACAAUACAAGAUCUUCAAUUNGAAACAUUGAAACGACUGACUUUAAUCAAAAAUCUUAUAUUUUAUAGAUUAUCAUAUACAUAUAUCCAAAUAGGAAUAAAAAAUGUUUUUUGCACUAUGUUUCGCGCAAAUUAUUACUGCUCACAACAUAGUCACAUGAGUCGUGGUUUAAAUUUUGAACGUUUACUGUAG